AAACCCCCGGGAUUAAUUAAUUAUUUCAUUGGCACGGCCCGGCGCUGACCGGCCAACAAUUGCAUUGACGGCGCGGAGAAGAGAGCCCCGACCGGCGAUGGCGUCUGUUCCCCCGCGCUGCGCAGUUCCUGGGUGAAUCCGGUUCUUGCGCGGCGUCGCUCCAGUUUCUUCUCGUCUGCGUCCUCUCCUGCCUCGACCCUCCUUCUCGUCGAUUCUUACCCCGCUUCAUUCCGCCACGGUCCGUCCUCGGUCCUCGUCCACAAUGGCCAGCAUCAUCGAAGACGCAAAGCGCGCGGCCGGUAAGACCGCCGUCGACAACCACUACCCCAAGGAUGCCAAAUACGUCGGCAUUGGCAGCGGUUCGACAAUCGUCUACGUCGUCAAGGCCAUCAAGGAAUCCGGCAUCGACACCUCCAACACAAAAUACGUCCCGACGGGCUUCCAGUCCAAGCAGCUCAUCCUCUCCCAUGGCUUGACGGCCAUCGACUUUGACUCAAUCCCCGAAGGAACCGUCUUCGACGUUGCCUUUGACGGUGCCGACGAGGUGGAUGACGAUCUCAACCUGAUCAAGGGCGGUGGUGCCUGUCUGUUCCAGGAGAAGAUCGUGGCUCUCCAGGCGAAGGAGUUCAUUUGUGUCGCAGACUCGCGCAAACUCCAAUCCCGUCUCCUGUCCGGCUGGAAGUACAUCCCCAUCGAGGUGGCCCCCUAUGCGGCCCAUCGGGUGGUCACCGCGCUCAAGGAAAUCGGCAGCAUCGAUCCGGCCGUGCGCCUGAGCUCCGCUCCCCAGCCCAACGUCCCCAUUGAGGGUCCUCUCAAGACCGACCAGGGAUUCUACAUCAUCGACGCGCCCUUCAAGACCCUGCUGACGAAGGCGGACGUGGCCGCCGGUCAGGAUGGCAGCGGCAAGGACGGAGUCUGGGAGGUCGAGGCCCUCUCCCAAGCCAUCAAGCUGAUCCCCGGCGUCCUGGACGUGGGUAUCUUCUCCGGUCUGACGGGACCCCAGGCCCAAGCGCAGGGAGGCAUUGGAGGCCAGAAGCCCGUCGCCGCCUACUUUGGUAUGCCGGACGGCUCCGUGUCGGUCCGAAGGGCCGCCUAGAGCUUUCGUGGCCGACUCUGUAGAUGAAUAUACGGUGGAAAGAUAUGAAGAUGAUACCAUUUAGAUAUAUUAGCAUAAAUUUGGAGAUUUCGUUUUGCAUGGUCGGUUGGAUCCGAUACGAUGGAGAGGGAAGAUUACAGGGAGGCCAUUUCAUGUCGAGACCCCAUGACUAGUCAUAAGCAGUCUCCAAUUUCAUCAUCGAAGCGACUUACUUGCAAUCAGUU